AUGGUUCCCCCAAGGCGUCGGUUUCACAAGACACCACCAGCUCGGAUCAAAAACAGAUGGCCUGGAGAUUGGGACUGGCAAUAUCUUCCGAUUCGUGAGUUGCCUCUUAAGACUGUGCCGUGUCUACCAUGGGGAAAAGAAAAGAAAUUCAACACUCCUACUAAGACGCUACAUGAAAAUAUUCCUGGAAAUGGACAAGUUCAGCCGACAUUUAUGCUGAUUGCCCACCUGGUACAGGCAAGCAACUAUUUGGAUGAAACAGAUUAUAACGUGCUGACCCUGGUGACUCCGGCUUUGGCGAAAAAUUCUCUGCUUUUGGAGUUUCCCUUCUCUCGUCCUUGGAAGACUACUCGCAAAAGACAAUGGGGUUUUGGAAAAGUACACAAAGAUCGCUACAGCACCCACGCAAAGGUCAACCCUCGAUCCAUGAUUCAUUAUGCUUGGGGCUUUCUGUCGACAGUGGAUAGACACAACGUGAUUAUUGCGUUGCCUCAGUGGCGUCAAUAUGCCUCUCUUCGUCGCUUUGCCUCUGUCACUUCGCUGGCUUGUUUGAAAGAACCACGUGUUCUACCAACAACGGGUAUUCCGACAAGGUUGGAUCCUACACGGGCAAAGCUCAAUUCUGCGGGUCUUCUUCGUUUCGAUUUUCUACAUGGGGAUUUCAUUCGUUGGUUGGGUGGCGAAUACGUCAAUUCUGAUCGAGAUUUCAACGCAGAAUGGGAUGUCAUUGACUCUACUUUGCAUAACAAAGAGGUUCCGGCUGAAUACCCACCACUCAAACUUGAAAUGGCUUAUCGCAUCCAAACUGAGGGUGUUCCUAUCAAAGCCCAAUACACAACUCCUAUGUCUGCUACUGUCCUUAGAGAAGAAUAUGAUAACCAUCCAGCAGUUGCUGCCAAUUCUUCCAAAGUUGAGGAGAAGUUUGCAAAAGAAGAAUGGAAGGCUUAUCAUAUUCACUAUUUACGGUUUGUGUUCCAAUUCAUCCCAGGUCUGGUUAUUAAUCCUAUCCAGUGGGUUUUUGACAAAGGUAAAGGUCGGAUUUGCAUUGACUGUUCCAAUGGUCCUGACGACUUAGGAUCAAUCAACACCUAUAUCCCCAAACCAAAGCAAGAUAAGUCCGGUGAGCAGUGCCCUCCAAUCCACUACCAGUUUGCGUUCAAGAGGUUUCUACGUCAAGUUCUCCGUAUGCGCAUCACCAAACCGACAAGUCCUAUUUUGGUUCAUGCUGACGAUAUUGAAGCCGCCUUUCGACGUGUGCUUUAUCAUCCAGAUGUAGCUGUGGCAUUUGCAUAUGUAUACUCAGACUACUUGAUUGUCCCAGUGGGCCAGGUGUUUGGUUCAAGGAAUGCUCCAUCAUUCUACUGUGUUCUUGCCGACCUACGGGAGGUCUUGGCAACUUGUCGUGUUGAUGUUCCUUUGGACAAAUUACAUGCGCUGGUCCGUAAAUGUACCAUUGCCGUUGAUACUUCUACUCCUUUGUGCACGGUCCCUGCUGAUUCCCAUCACCCACCGUUGUCUGUGACCGAACUUGUUCGAAUGUACAAUGCUAGCUAUGUUGACGACAAUGCAGUUGCCGCCUUUGCUGAACAUAUCAAGCAAGCAAUCAAUCACAGUGUGAUGUCUGCCUUUGAGGUUUUUGGUCAUGGUGAUAAGCGCCGUGGGAACCUGAGGUUACAGAAACCUUUUUGUUUCUAG